CGUGACGUUUUAAUAUGUAUUGGUAGUAGUGUAUGCAUACUCGUAUAUAUACAUAUAACAGUGAAAUACAAUUUAAUAAGUGACGAAAUGUUUAUUUUGAAAUUUAUUAUAAGAAUAUUGACAUUAUUGGACAAAUGUGAUAGUAGCUUUAUGUUAUGAUUUCUUAAACUUAAAAAUUGAGAUUAUUUAAAAGACUAAUAAAAGGUUAUAUUAUUAGUUAAAAUACGAUUAUAAAAGCUAAUUCGAAUAUAUUAAUUUGUGGAAAAUUGUACAUGAAAAUUGGAUGUUAACUGUGAAUGCAGCAAAUCAUCAUUGAAGUAGAAAUAUACCAAAUGCAUCAUAAUAAAAUUUGAUAAUAAUAAAAAAUCAAAAUCGUACGAAAACAAAAUUAAAAAUGCCAUCAGAUUUUAGACAAAUUAGACGGAACGAAUGGGUCACCAUAAUAAUAUUGUUCUUUAUUAAUUUAAUAAAUUAUAUGGAUCGUUUUACUGUUGCUGGUAUGUUACCAGAAAUCAAAGAUGAUUUUAAAAUUGGUUACGAUAAGUCUGGUUUAUUACAGACAGCAUUUAUUGUAAGUUAUAUGUCAUUUGCACCUUUGUUUGGAUACCUUGGUGAUCGGCAUAAUCGUAAAAUCCUUAUGAGUAUAGGUAUCUUUUUAUGGAGUAUGACAACAUUUAUUGGAUCUUAUAUGAAGACGUUCGAAUGGUUUUUAAUAUUCAGAGCAAUGGUUGGUAUAGGAGAAGCUAGUUAUUCAACAAUUGCACCAACAUUAAUUAGUGAUUUAUUUAUUAAAAACGUUCGUUCUAAAAUGCUUGCAUUGUUCUAUUUCGCAAUACCAGUUGGAAGCGGUAUGGGUUAUAUACUUGGAGGAGAAAUGUCAAGAGCAACAGGUUCAUGGCGGUGGGGUUUGCGUAUCACACCUAUACUAGGUAUAAUAGCAAUUAUGCUAUUAUUGUGCGGAGUAAGAGAACCUAUGAGAGGUGAAAGAGAAGGCGGUAUACAUAUUACUAAUACCGGAUGGUUACAGGAUAUAAAAGCUUUAAUAAAAAAUCGAAGUUUUAUGCUUUCUACAGCUGGGUUUACAUGUGUAUCAUUUGUUGCCGGUGCAUUAUCUUGGUGGGCGCCAACAUAUUUGCAAUUAGGAUUUAAAUUAAUGGGAAAUGAUGUGAAUACACUUAAUGUGGAUUAUAAAUUUGGGUUAAUAACAAUGAUAUCUGGCUUAGUAGGAGUACCUUUAGGGUCUUUCUUAGCACAGAAAUUCAGAGUAUAUUGGUCAUCUACCGAUCCAUUGAUAUGUGGUGCAGGUCUAUUAAUAAGUUCUCCUUUAAUAUUUUUUGCAACAAUCACCGCUGAUUCAAAUGCUACUGUUUGUUUUAUAUUAAUAUUUAUUGGACAAGUAGCAUUAAAUUUAAAUUGGGCUAUUGUAGCAGACAUAUUACUUUAUGUAGUAAUACCAACUAGAAGAUCUUCAGCAGAAGCUUUCCAGAUAACAUUUGCUCAUGCAUUUGGAGAUGCUGGAAGUCCGUAUCUAGUAGGUCUAUUAUCGGAAGCUCUCAAAUUUGUAGUUCUACCAAGUUUGAGUUUAAGUGGUACUAUCGUUAAUCUUAACAGUGAUAUUGUAGAAUUUCGUAGUUUACAAUAUGCACUGUUCAUAACUAUUUUUGUGGAAAUCCUUGGAGCUUUGUUCUUCUUUUUCUCAGCAUUAUACAUAGAAAAAGACAAAGCAUUAGUUGAACUUGCUAUCACAGCUACCAGUACUACAGGCAUGAUCGCACCUAUCAAUGUAUUAAACAAGUAGCAGUUUAUAUAUUGUAAUAUUAUAAAUGGGAAUGAUGGCAAUAUCAUAUGCUUUAUGCUAAUAUUGGUUUGUUAUUUGUAGCUUUUCAAUAUUACUAAUAUUAUUAAUAUUUGAAGAAGCAGUCAUCAUCAUUUACUUUUAUAUAAAACAACACAUUUUGUUUUAAUUCUUAUUACAAUAUUUUUUCAUUAUAACAAAUGCCUUUGUAAUUGUAUGAGUUAAACACAUUUAAAUCAUUAUUUAAUUAUUUAUUAGAAUCAUAACACGAAUUUAUAUUAACUUAAGUGUACAAACUAUUACAUAUAUAGUAAUCUAAUAAUAUAUGUAACAAAUUAUGGAUACAACAGAUGAUGGUGCAACAGAUGAGUUUUUAGCGGAUACAUUACAUUUAUCCUGCACAGUUAAAAUGUGGAAUGUGCAUGAAAUUAUUUUGUGUAACAUGCAAACAUCUUU